AUGUCCUCGCCACAGCAACGGCUCACCUCUGUCGCAAACCAGCUAUCCACUCCUGGAGCUGCGCGCCAGAAGCUUCUCGCGAAAAACCCGGAUGAUGUGGUUAUCACCUACCUGGCCCGUACGCCGCUUACCAAGGCUCGGAAGGGUGGAUUGAAGGACACGGCGCUGGAUAGCCUCCUAAUUUCCCUCUUGACGACUGUUCGGGAAAAGUCCAAUAUCGACCCCAGCCUCAUCGAGGAUGUCUGCGUGGGCAAUGUCCUCUGUCCCGGCUCUGCCUAUGUCGCCCGCUCCGCCGUCCUCGCUGCUGGCUUCCCCGUGACUGCGGCUGCCUCGGUUGCGAACCGUUUCUGCUCGUCGGGUCUGCUGGCCGUUCAGAACAUUGCGAACCAGAUCAUUGCUGGGUCGAUCGACGUUGGUGUGGCUGUGGGUGCGGAGAGCAUGAGCACCAACGCCGACGGCGGCGCCCCGGAGAUGUCUGAGAAGAUCACAUCGCACCCUCUUGCCUCACAGAACGCCCAGCCCAUGGGACAGACCUCGGAGAACGUGGCUGCACAAUUCAAUAUCUCGCGCGAGCAACACGAUCGAUUCGCAGCGAACAGCUUCCAAAAGGCCGAGCGUGCCCAGAAGGCCGGUUGGCUCAACGACGAGAUCGUCCCGGUGAAGACUCAGAUCAAGGACCCCAAGACCGGCGAGGUGAAGGAGGUCGUGGUUGACAGGGAUGAUGGCAUCCGCUACGGCACCACCGCCGAGGGACUGGGCAAGAUUCGUGCUGCCUUCCCACAAUGGACCCCCAGUGCCACCACGGGCGGCAAUGCCAGUCAGAUCACGGACGGCGCCGCGGCUCUGGUGCUGAUGAAGCGCUCGCGGGCGCAGGAGCUAGGCCAACCGAUUGUCGGCAAGUUUUGCGGUGCUACGGUGGCGGGUCUGGAGCCCCGGAUCAUGGGUAUUGGGCCAUCGAUCGCGAUCCCCAAGAUUCUCAACAAGUUUGGCCUGAGCAAGGACGAAAUCGACAUCUUUGAGAUUAACGAGGCUUUUGCCUCGAUGGGUGUCUACUGUGUGAGCAAGCUCGGCUUGGACGAGUCCAAGGUGAACCCGCGGGGCGGUGCCAUCGCUAUCGGCCACCCCUUGGGCGCGACAGGUGCGCGCCAAGUGGUCACUGCGCUGUCGGAGCUGCGCCGACAGAACAAGCGGGUCGCGGUGACCUCGAUGUGUGUCGGAACGGGCAUGGGCAUGGCUGGUAUUUUUGUCUCGGAGCACUAG